CGGACAAAGAUAACUCCAUCCUCAUGGUUGUCCACCAAACACUAGCUAUUAUACUCGCUGGUUCUGAGAAAUUUACUCAAAUUCUUUUCAGAAGCUCGCAAAUUGAAUUAGUAUCGGGCCUUGAUCUGUGAGGAUUCAGGUGAUGGUGCACCGCUUAGAAUUCCGGCAUCUCCAUGUCGACGGUGUUCAUCAUCAUCUUGUAAAGAAAGUUCCCCUCUCCCUUAUUCAUCGUCACUGAUUUCUCCCCUCGGACGCCCUCUUCCCCACUCCCACUCGUUGUUCUUCUCUUCCCCGCAAUUUCCCGGGCCGACGGCGACGGGGCCGGGGGCGGGGCGCAUAAAGCAAAGGGCAACUGCCUACUGGCACUGGAUUAGCGUCGAUUAAUUCCUCUUUUGUUCUUGGUAAGGAAACCCUAGCUUGACGGACGAACUGUUCUAGGGUGUUGAUUUGUUUUUGGGAUUCUUUCCUUGCUGUGGCGGUUCCUCUACUUCCGCGCGCAAGAUCGGUCCGAGGCGCGGCGGCUAAUCCCGUCGGAAAAUCGAGGGUCCAACUGAAGCCGAUAUGCCCAACGUCAAGUCCGCCGCUGGUGCCGGUGCCAUCCCUGCCGGAUCCUCCGUCGGCGACGGCGAGGUGGAGGCAGGGUUCGCCAAGCUGCAGGGUGAGGAUUUCGAGUACUACAUGCAGACCUACUCCAUCAUGCUGGGCCGCAACAGCAAGAAAUCCACGGUGGAUGUGGAUCUCUCCAGCCUUGGUGGGGGGAUGAACAUCUCGCGCCACCACGCGCGGAUAUUCUACGACUUCCAGCGCCGCCGCUUCGCGCUGGAUGUCAUCGGCAAGAACGGCUGCCUGGUUGAGGGUGUCCUGCACCUCCCUGGGAACCCUCCUGUUAAGCUUGACUCGCAGGACCUCCUUCAGAUUGGAGACAAGAAGUUUUAUUUCCUCUUGCCCACGAGGUCUAUCUUUGCCUCGUUCGCUGCUCGGCAAGCCCCUGUUAUUCCUCCGCAGAUCCCGCCGCUAGCUUAUGCGCGGCCAGGGCACCCUCGUGUGCCCGAUUUCCAUGACCGCUUCUCUGAAGGUGAUUAUGGCCGGGACAGUGAUGACAUUGGGAAUGGUGUUGGGGAAGGUGGAAUGAAGGGCAAGCUGAAGAGAACCAAGAAGUCUCCCGGAGAUUUGGACAUCUAUGGUGGGCACAGAAUCAAUGUUGAAGCAAUAGGAACAUUGGGUGAAGACAACAGAUCAGAAAUAAGAUCAAGGGGUGACAAGGAUGUGGACAACCAGCACCUUCAAACGGAAGAGAAGGAAGUCGUGUCAUCUGUUGCGACUGUGUUAUCUGACCUCUGUGGCCCCGGAGAAUGGAUGCCUAUGAAAACACUCCAUACAGAGCUUAUGGACCAGUUUGGCAAUGUGUGGCACCACAGCAGGGUGCGGAAGUACCUGACGGCGGAUGACUGGUCGGUGAUAGAAGCCAAGGGGAGGCCAUGGUACGGGCUGCUGGGGCUGCUCAGGAAGUACCCGGAGCACUUCGUCAUCAACACGAAAUCCAAGGGCAGGGCGAUCUCGGAGUUCGUCUCGCUGGUUUCCUUGCUCUCCUGACCAGCGAGGUGAGGCUGUCCCCAAAGCUUUGCUUGGGUAUUGUUCUGCAUCCUUGCCGUCGCCGUCAGUCGGUCGGUUCGUUCAUGUCUGGAAGGUCGAGUGGCGUCCUGAUUUGCCUCUGCAGUUUUGCAUCAGUUAAAUGAACUUUGCUGUAAUGUACUGUACACCUGGCUGGUUUCCUCCGUGUUUUUUACCUGUAGCUCUAGUGUGGAGAAUGUUAUGCGGAAACAGGACUUUUAAGUAGUUUGCAGUUCGCUCCUCUUCAGGUUUAA